AUGAUGACAAGACUGCAGAUGAGAACGGAACCGAAGGAUCCAACGCUUUCGAGAAAAGCGUGCGGUGGAUAUAGUGGAGCCGAAAAAGAAAAGACACUAGCAAUGUCUCACACCAGCAAUGAUAACGAAGGUAUGUGGAUUAUCGGAUACGGCUCUCUCAUUUUCAAGCCGCCUCCGCUCUAUUCUUUCCGUGUCACCGGAACAUUAUCUGGCUUCAUCCGGAGAUUCUGGCAGUCGUCUUCCGACCACAGAGGCACCCCACAGAAUCCAGGUAGAGUGGUCACUCUAGUUUCGUUAGAAGACCUCCAGGCGGACGAAAAGUUCCACGAUACGUUGCACAUGUACGAACUUAAUGCGGCCCAUGAAGAAGCAGACCUUGCUACGCAAUCCGUGUGUGAUCUUCUGCUCAAUGAGGCCAUUAAAGACCAACCAAAACGCAUUUCUUCUUUGAAGCAUAGCCAGUUGAAAGUAUGGGGCGUGGCCUAUUAUAUUCUGCCGGAGCACGUCCAGGAAAUGAAAGAGUAUCUAGACGUCAGAGAGCAGGAUGGCUACUCCACGCAUAAAGUGUUCUUCAAUAUCCACAGUGUUGAUGCUUCGCCUGAGGCCGAAAAAGUACUACAGAAAGUCCCUCGCAAUGGAGCGGGCGACUUGCUCAUCGAGUCCAUGAUAUAUAUUGGCACUAUCGACAAUGAGUCUUUUGUCGGACCAGAGGAGAUCGAGAAGACGGCAAGCAUCAUCAAAAACAGUAGAGGCGAGAGCGGGCCGAACCUAGAGUACUUAUGUAAUCUCAACGAGGCGGUUCGUAAUUUGGACAGCCUCAGCAGAUCCAGAGACUACUACUUGGAGGAUCUAACUAGAUUGGCACAAAACAGUAUGUAG